AUGGAAGCAGCAGCAGCAGAAGAAGAGUAUACAGUGCCACUGUUGAAGCAGUACUAUGAGAAUUGUCCCGGUUGCAAGGUUGAUGAACAGAAAGAGUUGAAGAGAGGAUUGCCCAUCCGAGAGUUCCUUUCAAUUUGGUCUGUUGUUCUUUGCACAGCUCUCCCGAUCUCAUCUCUCUUUCCGUAUCUUUAUUUUAUGAUAAGGGACUUCAAUGUUGCAGAAAAAGAAGAAGACAUCGGUUACUAUGCUGGUUAUGUUGGAGCCUCAUUUAUGUUUGGUAGAGCUUUGACUUCUGUUUUCUGGGGAUUGGCGGCGGAUCGCUAUGGUCGAAAGCCUGCUAUACUCUUGGGGACUUCAUCAGUGGUUAUCUUGAACGCUAUCUUCGGGCUAAGUGUAAACUAUUGGAUGGCUGUUAUCACAAGAUUCCUACUCGGGUGCUUGAAUGGUUUACAUGGUCCAAUAAAGGCAUAUGCAUCUGAAAUAUUCAGAGCUGAACAUCAAGCCUUGGGUUUGUCAACUGUCGCCACAGCAUGGGGUAUAGGAUUGAUUAUUGGUCCAGCUCUAGGAGGUUUCCUGGCCCAGCCAGCUGAGAAAUAUCCAACUCUGUUCUCGAAGGAUUCUUUAUUUGGGAGAUUUCCCUACUUCUUGCCUUCUUUGGUUAUAUCACUUUUUACCUUUGGAGUAAUGAUUGCUUCUUUCUGGCUCCCGGAAACAUUGCAUAACCACAAGGAAAAGAGAACAGCAUGUGACGGCUCUUAUAAUGCUUUGGACACUGCAUCUGUUGAUGGUGGGUCGAAGGGAGACGAGGAGAACUCAGUAGUGAUGAUUGAACAGAAGAAACAACCAGCAAGCCUCCUUAGGAAUUGGCCUCUGAUGUCAUCUAUCAUGGUCUAUUGCAUCUUCUCACUUCAUGAUAUGGCUUAUACAGAGAUAUUUUCAUUAUGGGCGGUGAGCCCUAGAAAGCUCGGCGGACUUGGAUACUCGACGCAGAAUGUUGGUGAAGUUCUGGCAGUGUCUGGCUUUGGACUGCUUGUGUUCCAACUUGCUCUAUAUCCAUAUGCCGAGAGGCUUCUCGGACCUGUAAUGGUGAGCCGCAUUGCUGGGAUAUUAUCCAUUCCAUUGUUGGCAAGUUACCCCUUUUUGUCGAAGUUGUCGGGCUUCAGUCUGAGUGUGCUGAUAAACUGCGCAUCUGUACUGAAGAAUCUCCUAUCUGUAUCAAUUGUCACCGGCUUGUUAAUGCUGCAAAACAAUGCAGUGGAGCAGCACCAGAGAGGGGCUGCGAAUGGGAUAGCAAUGACAGCAAUGUCUCUGUUUAAAGCAGCUGGUCCUGCUGGUGGGGGUUCUCUGUUUUCUUGGGCUGAAACACGUCAGGAUGCGGCCUUCCUUCCAGGUAACCAAAUGGUGUUCUUCGUGCUGAACGUGGUGGAGGCAAUUGGGGUGUUGUUCACUUUCAAGCCUUUCCUAGCCCAGCCCCGAGAUCGAACAGCAACAACACAAUGA